AGUCAGAAUGAGAAAGUGCCUUACUUUAGGAACAGUCCACGAGGCAGAAUCAAGAAGAACAAAGUUGGCUGCAGUGUUAACCCUGAUAUACUUAGUGUACCAAUACUGGGGACUGUUGUUCAAAGGUCAGGAAGAGGAAGAGGAUGAGUGCCGACACGCGCCCAGACUAUCGCGUUCACGAUCAAGGUCAUGUUCCAGGUCAAGAACGCGGUCAGGCAACUACCAUGAAUACAAAACGAACGAUUCGAAAUACUGCCGGCGCGGUCGGAAAGCUCAUCGAAGGUGUCCAGACUGCAGCCUUUGCAACUUUGACCAGUAGCCACUAGAUGGCGUUAUUAUCAAUCAAGACGAAAUUACAAAUCUCGCGCAUAGGUGGCGCUGUUUUAAAGAUAUAAAUUCCUGUGGCUGUUCGCGUUUUUUUUAUUUAUAU